AUGGGCCAUUCAACAGUUCAUUCAAUUGUUCACGAUGUAUGUAAAUCAAUAAUUAAACAAUUAUUUGCUCAAUGCAUUCCAACACCUGACAAAAAGCAGUGGGAAGAAAUUGCUAAUAGAUUUUCGUCCUUAUGGAAUUUCCCGAAUUGCAUUGGGGCCUUGGACGGUAAACACGUUCAAAUAACUGCUCCUGCGAAUAGUGGGUCUAACUAUUUCAACUACAAAAGAACAUUUUCUGUAGUUUUACUGGCACUUGUAGAUGCUGAUUAUAGAUUUAUUGCUGUGGACAUAGGGUCUUAUGGGAAAAACAACGAUGGAGGUAUUUUCUCUAAUUCAAAACUAGGGAAUGCUUUAAACAAUGGUACUUUGGAUGUUCCUGGAAGUAAACAACUGCCUGGGUCCCAUAUUUCUACGCCACAUGUUAUUAUCGCAGAUUCGGCUUUCCCACUCAAAACAUAUAUGAUGAGACCAUACCCUCAAUAUCGACAUGAUUUAACCGUAGAUAGAAAAAUUUAUAAUUACAGACAUUGCCGCGGCCGACGCGUUGUUGAAAAUGGUUUUGGCAUUUUGGCCCAACGGUUUCGAAUUUAUUUUAGAACAAUAACUUCCAAACCUGGUUACAUAGAAAACAUAAUUCUAGUAACCUGUAUUUUGCACAAUUAUUUACGGAACAAUAGAAUGUCAUUAAUAGAAAAUAAUUCUCAUGGUGAGCUAGAUCAAACUACCAUUUUGAAUGAUUUACCAUCUAUUGGUAUUAAUGCCCAAACUGCAGCAUUCAAU